AUACUUUGCUAAUUAUUGCAUCACAUUUAAAGUAUGAAAAAUAAAUAAGAGUUUAAAUAUGAAUUUGUAUGUUUUAUUUAUCAAUUUGCACCAAACUUUGCAUCGAAUUCUGGUUUACCUUAAUUAACAUUAUCACAACGUGGGUACAUAAAAUAUCAAUUAAUUAACUAGACGAUCACUUCUACUACUAGAGGAAAAAGGCCAAAUUACAGUAAGUAUAGAAUUUAAAGUAAAACUUGUGAGGUAAAAAAAUAACAUUUCAAAGAGAGUAAAAUAACGAAUAAAUCUAAAAGAAGAGGGGGCCUGGGGGCGGGCCGUCACACUGGUGCCGUGACCAGGAUGUAAAGUCAUUUAAAUUGGUGCAAGAUAAAUAAAACCUACAAACAAAACUAUUUAAACAAAUUAAUUUAAAAAAAAUAAAAUUCAACGGUAUAUUUUUGAACUGAUACUCUUUCCGUUUUCUCUUUUACAUAAAAACGAAUCAACCAUCAUCAAUGAGGGAUCCUAACAUUUGGAAGUGGCAACUAGACUCAACAGCAGUCGGAACCAACUUCAACCCUUGCGACGGGAACUCCAACCCUUGCGACAGGAACUUCAUCCCUUGCGACAGGAACUUCAACCCUUGCGACAGGAACUUCAACCCUUGCUACAGGAACUUCAACCCUUGCAACAGCAACUUUCGCAGAACUUCUAGUGGAUAUCAAGACAGCCAUGGACGAACUUCAAUUCAAAAUGAAAGAAGACUUCUUUAUCCAUUCAACAGAGGACCAGAUAGCAGGCUACUAAAUAGAACCAACUUUAAUUCCUAACACAGGGACAACCACCCAGUCCAUAGGAGACAUUAAGAAAUCCAGGGAUGAAUCCCAAUCCAAAUGAAACAAGUCUUAGAUGACCAGCAACUAGUACACGUCCAAAUACAGAAAGUAUUGGCACUAAAUAAACAUUUAAUUAGACAAAUUAAAGUUUCAUUUUCGCUACGACAUUGUAACAACAUGCGAUCACUCAUCAGUACAGAACCUAAAAGUGAUCGACCAAUAUGUGUACUUCAGAAAAUUCGAACAAGCUAGAGGAGUGCCUAUCAAUGCAGUAAAUAAAAGACAAUUUAAUUCUUUCAAUGUCCAAAAAGAAUUAGCAAAUAAGAAUCGUCAAACCACUAUCUCGUAUAUCCAGUAGAAAAGCGAUAAAGAACAAAACCACAUAAACCAUUUAAGCAACACGCUGAGAUUUCGAUAAAACUUGUAAAUAUUAUGAACAUGUGUCAUGAUUGACGCCGAAAAAUAUUAAUAUAUUUCCAAAGAUCUGUAAAAUAAAAUGACGAUCGAAGAUCCAAAGAUCCAUUCCACCCGACUUUUCGUUAUGAGGCAACCUAUUUAUGAAGAAAACAUUUGUCCAAGAAAAAAAAAAAGAAACAAACAAUUAUCGUUAAAUUUGUUUGUUAGCAAAGCUAUUUACGACGUGCCUGACAAUCCUAAUCCGACUCUGUAAUAUAAGAUAUAAUGGUCACAGAGGAAGAGUAUAACACCACCUGUUUUUCAAAAAAGGGCAAUAACCAUAUAAAUCACAGCAACACUUCACAUACAAAUUUUAUUGAAGAAUAUUCCAUUGUGAAAGUCGAAGAUAACAAGAAAUUUACAAAUUCACAAAAGCCACUUGACAUGUGUUUAACAAUUUUACUUCCUAAAAGACAAAAAAGGGCAAUUUAGUUAAAUUGCAUAGAAAAGGUCUCUAUGGGCACUUAUCACAAUUUAGCCACUUGUGUUCUCCGAUAAACCAGAGAAACUUACCUACUCAAGUUUAUAAAAACGAAAUUAAGAUAACAAACGAUGUACCGUUUGUCAAGAAGAGAUAUCCAGCCGAAUAUUAUUUACGUCUUACUAUCGACAAGAAAUUAGAAAAAUGUAUUAGUCUUGGGGGUAAACCCAAAAAUGAGAAACACAAUUCCUCAUAUAGAUACUGACUGUUAAGAGACUCUGGACAUUGUACACAACACAGCAGAGUUCCGAGGUGGUGAGAAGAACACGCAACAUCGUAUGAUGGUGGGUGAGGUUUUCCGGGUUUCCCUUACCUGUAAGUCGAAUGGCACCAUCAAACACCGAAAGGUCGCCCCGGAGCGCAAAGUAAAAAAAAAAAAAAAUUAAACAAAAAAAAAAAAAACAAACAAAAAAAUAAAGAAAAAAAAAAAACAAAAAAAAAAAAAAUUUAGAAUACUGGUAAUGAGAAUAAUCAUAAUAAUAUACAAGGGUAAAAUGUUUUGAAACAGCAAUGAAAGUACAGACCUUGGUAAGCGUUUAAGAUGUUAACUACUAAACAUUUUCAAUGUUACUACGCAAUUAACAUCUAGGGGGUGUGUGUAACCUACCGCACCCAGGUACCUUAAUAAUUUAUUAAUUCCAUUUAUUAAAUACAAUAUUGCAUUCUUUUAAAUUCAAAAUUCUUCAUUUAACGAAAAAUCUCCCAGAUAAUUAAAUCUUAUUUACGACACCUAAUAAAUAAUAUCUAUAACCACGUCCGUAAAAGAUGCACGUGGCUGAGUUCCUAGAGAAAGAAAACACCAUAAAGUGUAUUUCUGUUUACGAAGUAAUUAUCAUUAAAACACUUAAGUCGCUUAUUUUCCUAGUUUCGAUGUUCAGACCGAUAUCGACAAUAUUUCGAUAUACAAAACUUUCAAGGCAAGUAAUAAAUAACCCACCCCCUUUUGCACCUACAUUCGUUUUUUUUCUAUGAGAAACAAAACGAUAGAGACGUCACAGAAACGAUUAAACUGUGUAUAAAAAGUCUGACGAAAAUGAGCUCGGAUCGAUUCAAUUUUUAUCAUUUGAUGUGCAAGCAUACAUUUUAUUAUCUGUACCCAGUUAUAUAAUCUGUACCUUUCCUAAACGCUCCUCCUAAACGACGUCUAUCCUACAAUACCUCCUAUCCCCGACGGUGUCAACGUCUCGACGCUCAACUUCCUGCCAUCCUACUCCCUACGUCUCGAACGCUGUCACAUUCCUCACCAUCUAAGUAUUUCCUACCGUACACUCAUUUCGACGCUCAACGUCCCACGCCUUAUUUCCGACGCUUUGCCGUCCAUAAUUAUUUCCUUCAUAAUAUCACGUCCCGCACCACCUACUUAAUUCUACCGUAUAUCUGUCCCAAUACAGUACCGUAUUAAAUACCUUCCCUUCCAUCACGACGCUAGACGUCUCGACGAUGGACGCCUCGACGCCCAACCCUGCGACGUACCUACA